AAACACGUCAGGCAUGAAAGGGGAAGGGGCAACAGUGCUGUGAUCUGGCUCUAUCUCCGUUUCAGUUCCCCAGACGAGUUCCCAGCAACCCCAGAAAAUUUCCAGGAUCCCUGCCCGCUGCGGAGACGUUCCCUGGACUCCUCCUGGCACUGUGGUGGCUGGGCAGCGAACGGCGGCUCCUCAGCGCCCCUCGGUGCCCCGGUCCCUUAUGGCAGUGCCACGAUGCCCGAGAGGUCACACCGCAGCAGCCGCCUCCCGGUCACGGUCACAACCUCGGCCCCAUCCGGAGAGUUGGAUUUGGAACGAAAGCAAAAUGGCUCGAGGACGCAAGAGCAAUAGCAUCAAACAGAGCGACUUCACUAACAGCACCAAUCCUCAGGAUUUAGAGAGAAGACUUUUUGUCGGCAAUUUGCCCACAGACCACAUGACUCGUGAAGAAAUGGAAGAGAUAUUUUCAAAAUAUGGCAAAAUCAGGGCCCUCAGCAUGUACCAUGGCUAUGGGUUCGUGCAGUAUGACCGUCUAGAAGAUGUCCAGGCCGCUCUGGACGGUGAGAAGGGUCGCCUUUAUAAAGGGUAUAGAUUAGAUAUUAAUAAAGCAGUGGAAAGAAGAAAUAUGAAUAAGGCUUCAUCAAGGUCCAGUCCGACACGAAGAGAUCAGUAUGCCUACGGGGAUGGCCGAGAUGCCAGGCGCGACCGCUCCCCUCUUCGGGGGAGCCCACGGAGAGACCCCAGAGAUGGCAGGGAUGGCAGGAACGGGCGAGAUGCUAGAGACACUCGAGACAUGCGAGCUAGAGACAUGCGUGAUGCCAGAGACCACAGGGACCCACGGGAUCUGCGAGACCCCCGGGAUAUCAGGGAUCCAAGGGACUUGAGGGACCCACGUGAUGUUAGAGAUCUUCGUGACCCACGGGAGCCACUGUAUGAUCGAUACAGGGAUCCGCGGGAUAUGAGAAGUGCACGAGAUGUGAGGGAUCCACGGGAUAUGAGAGACCCUCGGGACCCCUUGUACAGACGAGACGAAUCUUACGACCGUUACCUGCGCCUCGAGGACUACUAUCGGCGCAAGGACGACUCCUACUAUGACCGCUACAAGGAGCCAGAGGACCGCCUGAAGCGUGAGGAGCGGCGCCGGGAGGAGCUGUACCGUCAGUACUAUGAGGAAAUCAAGAGACGUUUUGAUGCAGAGAGACCCGUGGAUUGUUCUGUGAUAGUGGUGAAUAAACAGACAAAGGAGUACGCGGAGUCAGUGGGGCGGAAGGUGCGAGACCUGGGCAUGGUAGUGGACUUGAUCUUCCUCAACACAGAGAUGUCACUGACACAAGCCCUGGAUGAUGUGAGCAGAGGAGGGUCUCCUUUUGCCAUUGUCAUCACCCAGCAGCAUCAAGUUCACCGUUCCUGCACUGUUAACAUCAUGUUUGGCACCCCACAAGAGCACCGCAACAUGCCCCAGGCUGAUGCCAUGGUGCUGGUGGCAAGGAAUUACGAGCGCUACAAGACGGAGUCCCGGGAGAAGGAGCGGGAGGAGAUCGCCCGGCAGGCUGCCAAGAUGGCAGAUGAAGCUGUUCUGCGGGAGCGGGAGCGCCCACCCCCCAUGGAGGAGGGUGUCAGAGGAGGUCACCCUCCUGGGAUCCAAACCCUCUUGAACCUGCUGGCAGACAAUCGCUAUGUGACUGCUGAGGAGAUAGAUAAAGUCAUUAAUUACCUGAGAGACCGGAAGGAACGGCUGCUGCGGGGCAGCACUGAAUCUCUGCAGGCACCCAUGUCAAGACAACCUUUGGGGGCACCUUCAGGAUCAUCACUGGGUAGUCAGUCCAACCUUCCAAGUUCUCAGGCUCAUCAGGGUUCACAGCCUCUGGUCUCUACUCCUUCUGUUCCAGUGUCCUCUUCUACUCCUCAGCAGGAGCUUCAAGCAAAAAUCCUCAGUCUCUUCAACAGUGGGGCGGCGGCGGCGGCAGCAGCUGCUGUGGCAAACAGUGGUCCUGCGGCCUCCACGGGUUCUUCAGGCAGCACUCCCAACCAGAACUUUGCUAACCUGGCUGGUGGGCAGCCCCGGCCAGCACAGAUGAAUGCUGGAAAUUUAAACCAGCCUCAGCAGAGAUUGCAGACUCCAAACACGCAGAUUCCUGCUCUCCCGGGCCCUUCGAGAAACGCAGGUCCGAGACCUGGAGCUCCUCCACAACCUCAGCCGCUCUAUGGUCAGCACCAAACCCGCCUCCCUGCACCUGGCAAUGUGCCUGCCCAAAGGCCGGUGUCUUCUGGUAUCAACUUUGACAACCCCAGUGUACAGAAAGCCUUGGACACCCUUAUCCAGAGUGGUCCUGCACUCUCCCAUCUUGUGAGCCAAACCGUGGCCCAGGGGCGAGGGGGGUCCUCAGCCCAGCAACCGAUGGGUGCCUACCAGCGACACUAUUAGAGCUGAGCUGUUGGGCCCAUUCCCCUUCCCUUUGCCAUUCCAUACUUAUAGCUGUGUAAGGAGUCUCCCAUCCUUGACCCAGGACAGAUGCCCUGGACAUGCAUGUCCUCUCCACUCUGGCGAGAGCAUACCCCCUGCAGCAUUGCUGCCAACGGUUGCUGGCGCUGCCCUCCCUCUCCUUGGUCUGGUUAGCAAUGUUUGGAGCAGAAUGCUCAGUUUUCUCCACAGCACAAUGUGCUGUGAACUGUGUUGGAUCAUUGGUUGUCUUGUCCCAUCCCAGAAGCUGCUGCAGUAUCAGUCCUGCUGCAUUUUCCUUACUCCCAGCACCUAGUGCACCUUCCCAUUGAGGUGCAGUCUGGGCUCACCGAUUGGUCUUGGUGUAGUUUUGGAUCAUCGGUUUUGGUGAAUUAGGGGACUGAACAGAGCAGCAAAUUGAUGGGCCUUGGACACCCACCACUGUGGAAUGGGCACUACCCUUCUUUGGAUUUCUUUUUUUUUUUUUUUCUUGUAAUAGCGUAUAAGCCAUUUGGAAAGUCCAGUGAUAGUGCUGGCAGCCAAAAUCAUGAAGCACAUGCCUGACCACUGCUCAGUAACCAGGACUGUGCAGUCCAUCUGCACAUCCAUGUCCAGGCAGAGAGGCCAGUGUUCCUCACCUCAACCCACUCACAGAGACUGGCAGCUGUGGGCUGAGCACACAUCUGCAACGCAAGAACUUCCAGCCAAGGCUGAGAUUUCAAAUAAUCUGUCAAUUUUCCUGCCUUGAGUAAUCAGUGUUAAGACCAACCUGGUAAAUUUGGUGUAUAAAUUUUCUUUUCUUACAGUCUUUGGCACGGUUAUUAGUGCACCUUAGCUGCAGCCACACUGAUGUGCUGCUGGCUCUCCCUGGCAAUACCUCUCACCAGGUAUUGGGGGGCAGUGCUGCUCUAUCUGACCUCUUCUUGCUGUUGAUGGAAGUUCAGUCCAUCUGAGGUGGAGAGACAGUGCCAAGUUUUAAUACCAUAAUUUUAAACCUUUUUUCAACACUUUGGUAGCUGCAGCAGACAGUGGAGUGGUAAAUCAGGCAGUGAUUCCUCACUGUAUUUUUACUGGGAGCAUACUUUGAUACCAGAACACAAAACAUCACUUAACUGUGUGGUCCUCCCCGUCAUGGCCUUCUUGGAGUCUGUGGGCUUCCUGCAGGGAACUGGGAGAUACUAAGAAAGCAGUGGAUUGAAGCAGAGGAUUUUCUUUGUCCCAGGUGGUUUGUGUUGUAGCAUUUCUUUUAUCUCUGUGCUGUUAACAAGAGGACAUUACUUUCUAAUAAAAGGCCAGAAAAAUUA